GUGAUUUAAGAGAAUUUAAUAUGUCAUUAAAGAAAAAAUAUGGAGCUAUCUGUGAGGUUAAUCUUGGCGGACAUCGAAGAAUUAUACUAUCACAUCCAGAAUAUGUUGAAAAGAUACUUUCUUCUUCAAUAAAAAAUACCACAUUUUCGGCAAGAACACAUCAAGUACAAGGAUUAAAAGAACUUAAAGUAUUAGAUAAAGGAAUAUUAUUUAAUAAUAACUUUAAAAGUUGGAGAUUUAAUCGUCAGUUCUUUAUCCAAGCCAUUUUAACACCAAGUUUUAAAAAUGAUGCAGUAUUAUGGUCUUAUAAACUUUUUGAAGAAUUGGAAAGUUAUUGGCAAUCUAUUGCAAGAAAUAAUAUAAAAAUUGGUGGUGCACGUGAAUGGACUCUCGAG